AGCGAACACACACAUAUUGGCCUUUCUAAAAGUGCCUGUGCUAUGAUGUACUGAAAAAGUGCUAGGUCAAAAAGUGCUAAUGUUCUUUGAAUUAAUGGUCUUUCUGUUUUUCACUUCUCUGAUCUUGCCACAUUAGCUGUCCACCUGCUUCCACCUGGUGUAUUUAAGUUCUGUGCCUUUAUUUUUUUUUUCCUGUCUUUAAAUGACUUGGUAUCCCUUUAACUCAUCACAGUGUUUAUUCUGUCCGCACUGAUUUCAUGCAAGAUCAUGCUGUAUAAAUAAGCAUACAGUACCCAUUAGUGGAAAACAGAUCAGCGGGCUAACGCAGUGAGACAGGAUCUGGCCCUAUAAGAGAAAGCGCUGCUUCCUAAGUGUGCAGCGUGCCCAGCAUCAGAAGGGUUCAGGUAAGCCUACUGUGUGUAGGAAGAACCUCUGUCUAGAUCCUAGGGCCCCUUCCAACCCUGAGGUUCCACAAUUCUUCCACAGACUAGACACUCUUUAGGAUAACUCAGAGAUGGACAACAGGAGCUAAGAAUGUUUUCUUCGCGUUUGAUAGCCCCUGAAAGCGAUGGAGACUCACGACGUGAAGUCGCAGGAAGGCGGGGUGUCAGCAUGCGGUGAAUGGCGCUGUUGGCGCAGAGCCACGCCCAUCUGUCCCCCGUGUCUGCCGGCUUCCCUCGCAGGCCUCACGGGCAGAGCGCGGUGUGUCACGGAGCCCACUUGGCACGCACAGCCGCACGUGUUGACCGUCUGGCUCUUCCAGAAAACACUUGCCGACUCCUGGCCCCACUCCCUCCGUCCUGCGGCCUGCUAGCGAAGUUCGGCGGCGGUCCCCGGGAGGGCAGGAGAGCCCCGACAAGUGUUUACACUCGCUGUGGCGUGAACACGCCUGCCAGGCUGACUCCAGGCUCCAGGAGUCGCGGGCUUCCGGACAGUGCAGAAUCUGAGAAAGGAAGGCGCCCCAGACGCGCCAGCCAGGCACAGGGCCAUCGAGUCCCUCCACUCCCGCCUCCCUCUGAGAGACAGGGUCGCUGUCCCAGGCACAGGGCGAUCCAGUCCCUCCACUCCCGCCUCCCUCUGUGAGAGACGGGGUCGCUGUCCCAGGCACAGGGCGAUCCAGUCCCUCCACUCCCGCCUCCCUCUGAGAGAGACGGGGUCGCUGUCCCAGGCACAGGGCGAUCGAGUCCCUCCACUCCUGUCUCCCUCUGAGAGACGGGGUCGCUGUCCUAGGCACAGGGCGAUCCAGUCCCUCCUCCCGCCUCCCUCUGAGAGACGGGGUCGCUGUCCCAGGCACAGGGCUAUGGCGGUCCCUCCACUCCCGCCUCCCUCUGAGAGACAGGGUCGCUGUCCCAGGCACAGGGCUAUGGCGGUCCCUCCACUCCCGCCUCCCUCUGAGAGAGACGGGGUCGCUGUCCCAGGCACAGGGCGAUCCAGUCCCUCCAUUCCCGCCUCCCUCUGUGAGAGACACGGUCGCUGUCCCAGACACAGGGCGAUCCAGUCCCUCCAUUCCCGCCUCCCUCUGAGAGACGGGGUCGCUGUCCCAGGCACAGGGUGAUUGAGUCCCUCCACUCCCGCCUCCCUCUGAGAGACGGGGUCGCUGUCCCAGGCACAGGGCGAUCCAGUCCCUCCACUCCCGCCUCCCUCUGAGAGACUGAGAGACGGGGUCGCUGUCCCAGGCACAGGGCGAUCCAGUCCCUCCAUUCCCGCCUCCCUCUGAGAGACGGGGUCGCUGUCCCAGGCACAGGGCUAUGGCGGUCCCUCCUCCCGCCUCCCGCUCCUGCUGGCCACACUCACCUUUCACAUCCUUAGCAACUAUGCUCAUGCACCUCUUAGAACAGGUACGGAACUCUUCCCUCCCUCAGCCCUCAGCGACACCGGGCGAUUCCCGGAGCACCCCGGCACGCUUCUCAGAACACCUUGAGACUGGGGAUCCCGGCCUCAGCCAGGCGAUGAGGCAGCCCGGUCCCCGCUGGCCCCCGGGGGGCCGCCACCUCUCCAGGAGCGGGGACGCGGUGUCCACCCCGCCUCGCGGCACCCCUGCCCCGGGAGCCGUCCCACGGGAGCCGCACCCCUGCCCCACGCCUCCACCCCCGGCUCCGUCCCACGGGAGCCGCACCCCUGCCCCACGCCUCCACCCCCGGCUCCGUCCCACGGGAGCUGCACCCCUGCCCCACGCCUCCACCCCCUGCUACGUCCCACGGGAGCUGCACCCCUGCCCCACACCUCCACCCCGGCUCCGUCCCACGGGAGCCGCACCCCUGCCCCACGCCUCCACCCCCGGCUCCGUCCCACGGGAGCCGUACCCCUGCCCCACGCCUCCACCCCCGGCUCUGUCCCACGGGAGCCGCACCCCAGCCCCACGCCUCCACCCCCGGCUCCGUCCCACGGGAGCUGCACCCCAGCCCCACGCCUCCACCCCCUGCUACGUCCCACGGGAGCUGCACCCCUGCCCCACACCUCCACCCCGGCUCCGUCCCACGGGAGCCGCACCCCUGCCCCACGCCUCCACCCCCGGCUCCGUCCCACGGGAGCCGUACCCCUGCCCCACGCCUCCACCCCCGGCUCUGUCCCACGGGAGCCGCACCCCAGCCCCACGCCUCCACCCCCGGCUCCGUCCCACGGGAGCUGCACCCCUGCCCCACGGGAGCGCUGACCAGUGACCCAGCGCUGUGCUCUC